UGAUGCUGGUAAUCAUCACAGUCUUUGAUCAGGCUUUUAUAUUUUUUUAAAGAAACUGCCCAAUCCUACAGGCAUCUAGUCAGAUAAAUAAUUUUACUGACAUAUAUAGAUGAGCUAAGGUUCCACAUUCAUUCAAAAUGUAAAGGGGAGAAGCUACAGUGUAAAAGCACACAAGGGGUGGGGGGAAAUGUAAAAAUAAGAUCCUUUUCCUUUAUAGUGAGAAAGUGUAUACAACUAGAAUCUUUUUACCCCGAUCCACUUAGGAGCAUGCUGUUUAACGACACGAAGUGAUAAUGUACUUAAAUGGUUAAUGCAAGGGUUGAUCCUCCUCUAAAACCGAGCUGGGAACAAAAGCUGAAAUGACUUUUUGAAAGGGAGGGACAGGAGGGAUUCUGACCCUUCUCCUGGCGCUUUACAACGUGAAACCACAAAGCAAUUGAGGAAUCAGAGCACGGCACGUGGAUUAGAAGGCUUCCUGGAAGCAGGCAGGGCUGUACAGUGCCCCAGCCCUCCCUGAACUUUCCCGUGGAUACAGCAGCCUGACAGCCCGGCUUCCCGCUGGGUGGAUCUGCAACUCCGGGAGGGAAUGGCACUUCUUGUUUUUAAUUAGCAAAGGUGAAAGGUGAAUUAAAACUAGCUGUUUGGCAAGUCAGAGCAAGGGGCUGUGUUCUGAGGAGCACCAAGGAGGAGGGUGCUUUCUCCUUUUUUCCGAUUUUUUUUUUCUUUUUUUUUUCUCCCUCCCUCCUUCUCUGAAUGAAUUGCCUUGCAGGAGGGACUGAAAACAGCUUCUUCCUGAAUCCACGGCAGAGUUCAUAAAGACAGCUCAAGACACAACACUGCAGAGUAACGCCUUGGAAUGUCCUCGCACUUUAUAAACAAUUGUCCUAGGGAGGGAAUAUUUUUACAUGACAUUUGCACAGCUUGACAAAUGGCUAGCUGAGGCUGUGUGCUGCUCUGAUGAACACUGAAUUUCCCGCAGAGACACCCCACAAACUGACCAAAGACAGAGACCUAACUGCACUGGCAAAGUGGAAGUUGGAGCCUUAAAAAACACCCCCCAAAACAACAAACGAACAGCAGCAGUUCAGUGAAGAGAGCAAGAAAUCUACCUUGGGCAGGAUGACAUCUGCUCAGGACCUGCUGAUGCUGGCACUGUAUGGCUUGUUACUAGAGUUACCGGCUGGAUGUCACACAGCAGAGACGAGGCAACCAAGGCUACGUCUGUCACAUAAAGAGCUCUGGGAUUUAAACAGGACGUCAGUGUUUCGUAGCCCAUUUGGAUAUCUUGGACUUCACAUAAUGCUGCUGGAUGAGUACCAAGAGCGACUGUUCGUGGGAGGAAGAGACCUCUUGUAUUCCCUCAGCUUGGAUCGGAUCAGCGACAACUACCGAGAGAUCCAUUGGCCUAGUACACCUCUACAGGCAGAAGAAUGCAUAAUUAAAGGAAGAGAUGCUGAUGAAUGUGCAAAUUACAUCCGUGUCCUUCACCGAUACAACAGGACUCAUCUUCUGGCUUGUGGAACAGGAGCUUUUGAUCCAGUCUGUACUUUUGUAAGAGCUGGACAUCCAUCAGAGGAUCAUCUGUUUCAACUGGAAUCGCACAAAUUUGAGAGAGGACGAGGCAGGUGCCCUUUUGACCCCAGUUCUUCCUUCACCUCCAUCUUAAUUGGUGGUGAACUUUUUACUGGUCUCUACAGCGACUACUGGGGAAGAGACGCUGCUCUGUUCCGCUCCACGAGCCGCGCGGCCCACCUCCGCACGGAGCCCGACAACGAGCGCCUGCUCAAAGAACCAAAAUUCGUUGGCUCAUACAUGAUUCCUGACAAUGAAGACCACGAUGAUAACAAAGUAUAUUUCUUCUUUACUGAAAAGGCUUUGGAAGCUGAGACAAGCACUCAUGCCAUAUAUUCCAGAGUGGGACGUGUAUGUGCGAAUGACAUGGGAGGCCAGCGAGUGCUCGUCAAUAAAUGGACCACUUUCCUAAAAACCAGACUAGUUUGUUCUGUGCCUGGGAGGAAUGGAAUCGAUACACAUUUUGAUGAAUUAGAGGAUGUGUUUUUGCUGCAAACUCGUGAUAACAAAAAUCCAGUGAUAUUUGGCCUCUUCAACACAACAAGCAAUAUAUUUAGAGGAUAUGCUAUAUGUGUUUACCACAUGGCAAGUGUCCGAGCAGCUUUUAAUGGACCAUAUGCUCAUAAGGAAGGACCUGAAUACCACUGGGCUCUCUAUGAAAGAAAAGUACCUUAUCCUAGACCUGGUUCAUGUGCCAGCAAGGUGAACGGUGGGCUGUACACCACCACCAAAGACUACCCUGAUGAAGCUGUGCAUUUUGCCAGGAGUCAUCCACUGAUGUAUCAGCCCAUCAGGCCUGUUCAUAAGAGACCAAUACUAGUUAAAACAGAUGGAAAGUACAAUCUUAAACAAAUAGCAGUGGACAGAGUGGAAGCUGAAGAUGGGCAAUAUGAUGUUUUGUUCAUUGGCACAGAUAAUGGUAUUGUGCUGAAAGUCAUAACAAUUUACAAUCAAGAAACAGAAUCAAUGGAAGAAGUGAUUCUUGAAGAGCUGCAAGUAUUCAAGAUGCCAGUUCCAAUUAUUUCUAUGGAAAUCUCUUCAAAAAGGCAACAGCUCUACGUGGGAUCCGAGUCCGUGAUAGCGCAGGUGAAGUUCCACCAGUGCGACAUGUACGGCACGGCGUGCGCGGACUGCUGCCUGGCGCGGGAUCCCUACUGCGCCUGGGACGGCAUCUCCUGCUCCCGCUACUACCCCACGGGGCUGCAGGCUAAGAGACGUUUCCGCAGACAAGAUGUUCGGCACGGCAAUGCAGCGCAGCAGUGCUUUGGCCAGCAGUUCAUUGGUGAAGCUCUGGAGAAGACUGAGGAGCGACUUGUUUAUGGAAUAGAGUACAACAGCACCCUCCUGGAGUGCACCCCUCGGACCUUACAAGCAAAAGUCAUCUGGUUGGUCCAGCGAGCACACGAAACUAAGAAGGAAGAGGUGAAGACUGAUGAUAGAAUAAUAAAAAUGGACCUUGGCCUUUUAUUCCUGAAGCUGCAUCGACUGGAUGCAGGGACUUAUUUUUGUCAGACAGUGGAGCACAGCAUUGUUCACACUGUCAGGAAAAUCACUCUGGAAGUAGUCGAGGAAGAACGUGUAGAUGAAAUGUUCAAUAAAGACUAUGAGGAGGAGAUCCCUCACAAAAUGCCAUGCCCAAUGCAGAGCAGUAUACCUCAGGCUUCAAAGCCAUGGUACAAGGAAUUUCUUCAACUGAUAGGUUACAGCAACUUCCAGAGGGUGGAAGAAUACUGUGAAAAGGUGUGGUGUACAGACAAGAAGAGAAAAAAGCUGAAAAUGUCUCCAUCCAAGUGGAAGUAUGCCAGCCCUCAGGAGAAGAAGGCAAGGAUCAGGCCAGAGCAUUACCGGUUGCCCAGGAACAUAGCUGACUCUUGAUGGACAAAAUCCAGUUUCUGAGCAAAAUUUUAUUUGGACUUAAGAGGGAGAAAUCUGUCUUGGUUUGAGUAAAUUUCACAGGUUUAUAUAUGUAAAAUAUUGGGACUGAAAACAAAAAUGCUAUGGUAAGUUAUAUUGUACACUCAUGAUGACUGUUUAGAAGCAUUUUAAACAAAAUCUUCCCAAUUGUCUGGUUCUAAGUAAGUAAAUUCAAUCAGAGUUUUGCAUUAGGGAGGACGUGACAAUCUUCAAAUUCUGAGUGCUUGAAUCAGUUUCCUGUGUGGAUCGUGCUUGCUUGUAUAUUGUUGCACAUGAUGGCAUAUUUAACAAAUUCAAAUAGCUAAACAUUCACAAGCGGAUGAAAAGUAUAAUACAUAUCUUUUCUUUGAUUCACAAAUUUCUCAUGCUUCUGAAAGCAGCACGUCUGAAGAUCUUAUUCCUUUUGAUUGUGACCUGUCUGAGUUUAUCACAGUAAGCUGUGUUAAUACAGUCUACUGCCACUUUUAAAGAUAAUGAGGGGAAAUCCUAUUUGCUUCCCACCUUUUCUUUCAGAAUCAGCCAUUUAGGAAGCGCAGUGUGCUCCCACAGCUAAAUGAUAUUGACUGCUAACAUCAUGUAAGCCACAUGCAUGCUGAGAACAGAGACAGAAUGAAAUUCAUCCAUUUAGCUUUAAGAAGCUAAAGAAGUUGAAAUAUAUAUAAGAAGUUGAAAAAAUGGUUUAGAUAGAAAACGAGUCGAUCUUGUGUCUGUACAUUGCCUUAGUGGUGACACGAGUUAAGGGAUCGCCCUCUUGUGGCAAAAGAGAGAGAAACCCGAUAUUUAAAUUACUUUUCUGAAGGAAUAUAUAUAUAAGCAAAGAAGUGUUACCGAGAUCCCCAGCUGAUUUGCUCUCAGCAGACACUUUUAGUCUCCAUGUGCUAAAGUCACAAAUUUAGAUGGCAUUGUUGGAAGCAAUUUUUCCUGGAAAGGCAACAUUUUAAAUAAGUGAUGCUUUAUGUUAACAUGUGUUUGGGGUAAAAUGCAGUCAUAAAAAGUUAGGAUGCAGAUUAAAAACAAAACCAGCAUUAUGCAGCUGUGUUUCUACAGUUUCAGAAUCUGGUUCUGAAUAAAACUUCUUCUGAUGUGUGAUCUCUAUUCAAAAGGGCUGCUUUGUUCCUUUUGUGAAUGACAUCAGGAAAGGACAUCAAAAGAACUAAGUUGCUUACAGUCUAGGUCUUUCAAGAAUGACAUAAAGAAAAGAAACAAACAAACAAAAAAGCAUACAUAUGUAUACAUACAUUUCUUUAAGAAAGGCUUGCUAUAAUUAACCAGAUCCCAAAAAUGUGGAAAAUCUAGCAUUUCAUGGUAGAGAAGUCUAAUAUUACAAUAUUAACUGGAUUUUCUUUUUAAAUCGAAAAUUUAAAAUAAGAAAGGGAAGUUAAACGCAAGUUAAGUAUAAAUACAAAUUAAAUGUAAACACGAAUGAGUCACAAAUUAGUUAACUUCUCAAAUAAGGACUUGAUGCCAAUAGGGGAAAUAGCCAAGCUGAUCCAAAUUUUUAUGCCAUGAAGAAAAUAUAGAAGGGAUUCAUCAUCUACAAAGAGUUUCAUGUUGAUCUUCAGCUUCUAACCCAGGCCAAAUGGGAAUUAACAGCCAGGGUAACAGGGAUUCGUGGUUUGCUGUGUUACCAAAGGCAGCAGUCAGUGCUAACCCAGUGUUUUCCAAGCAGGCUGUUUGUGAGAGGAGCUCACAGCUGCUGGCAGGAGCAGCGAGCUUUGCUGUGCUCCUCUGGGAGCAGAGACUGACUCGAGGUCUGGAAGGAGCACACUGUCAGCAACCAGAGUGUGAGGAAAACAGGGUUUCACCUGGUGCGGGUAUAGCAGCAGCAGAAUCUUCAUCAGCCUGUUAAGGGAAUCAGUGUAUCUGAGGGUUUGCACUUCCUUUAGCUACAAUAUCUCUCUAAGGGAUGGGACUGGACACUCUGCAGAUCCUUGCAUGAAUUCAUGCAGUUGCUAGCUUUGAUCUGAAAGAGGAGUCUGGAUAAACUCAGUUUCUGGGACAGUUUAAUGGAACUUAGUUGCAUUUAGGAUCUCCUGUUUGAUUACAGCUGUAUGGAAAGCACCAGUACUGAGAGUUGUGGUGGUGAACACACACAGAACAAGCAUCCCUGAUCUAAACUUAGUCCCCUAUACAAACUUCACUGACACCCUUGGUGAAAAACUUCUAAAACACUACAAAAAUCCUUUUCUGAUGAACUAUGGAGUCCCCUUUAUUUAAAGAACAAUGGGAGAUAUUUUUUACUUUUUGAUUUAUUUGCAAGUACCUCAUGCUAGAUGUAUCAUUAAUGAACUAUUAGAAAGAAAUUAUAGCAUCUCAGCCUCAUGGAACAAAUAUAACUUUGUGUCUCAUUCUCCGAGAUUUCAGGUGGAAAUCAUGUUAUAUGGAAAUCAAGAUUCUUGAUUUAAUAUGAGAGUGUAUAUUUUUAGCUACUCAUCCCUUUAGUGUUUACAUGUGGAGAAUUGCAUUACCUCUUUAUUUGUCUUUUAAACAUAAAUUUUUAGCUUACACUUUGCACCUUUCAUGGUUGCAACACCUGUGAGAAUUCAGAACUACAAGGUCUUGUUCAAAGAGUGCUCUGACAUCUAUGGAAGAAGAGAAAGAGUGACAAUGUAUUUUGGAAGGAUAGGCACAAAUGUGCAUUUACCACAAUGUAAUUUAAAAUGCUUCUUUGUAUAUUUGGGGGCCAUUGUCUGCUUCUUAUCAUUAUGAGUUUGAUGUAUUUUGUAUGUGCAUGAAGUGGUCAAAUUAUAAAUAUAAUUAAGAACCAUAUUUGGCUGAAAUAAUCUGUAUUGUUUCUUAUAAAUUGUUUUCCCCAGACAGCAUGAUUAUCUGCAGCUCACUAGUCACACGUUGUUAAUUACAGAUGUCCUUCACCGUGUAUUUUAUGAGCAGAGACCACAGACAAGGACAGAAAGAUGUGUGUAUAGAGUUGCCAAAUGGGAAAUGUGGCACAGGGUAAUGAGUAAAUAUAGUUUAUCUGAUGCAUGAAUGUAUUUUGAGAGUGGAACAUGGUCACUUAAGCCCAGAAGAUGAUAACUGGUGGAAAUUCACUGAGAAGGUGCAAUUUGGAUAAAGCUUUGGACUCUGCCCUGUUUUGUGAUAAAGGAAAAUCCAGAGCACUUGGAUUAACACUUGUUUGCUUUGCUCUUUUCUUUUGCUGUCAGUAAGAUUACUGUCACCUUGUACCAGCUACUGUGCUCUCAGAUUCUCUUGGGACAUCAGGGCAGGAGAGUGUUGACCUGAUGUGCAACUCUUGGCUUGUAUAUCUCAAAACAGGCUUUUAGGAUAUACACUGUUCUUCUGCAGGCUGAAACAGAUCUCCUUCUCUAGACAAGCAAGAAAAAUUAUUGCCCCGAAGGGGAAUUAUUCAGGUACCUGAAUAGAACAAAUUACAAUCAUUGUUGAAGAAGUGCCUGACUCAAUAUAAUUUACAUAGUUAUAGAGUUUCUCUUUUUCCUUUAUUUUCUCUUAAAUUUUGAGGGUAUGCUGGUUUUGGCUGGUGUAGAGUUAAUUCUCUUCACAGUGGCUACUGAGAGGAAAUGUUUUGGAUUUGUGCUGAACACAGGGUUGAUAAUACAGAGAGGUUUGUUUGCUUGGGGUUUCGUUUUUGUUGGGGUUUUUUUGUGUGGGGGGGUUUUUUGAGUGGUUUUGUUGUUGUGGUUUGUUUUGUUUUGGUUUGGUUUGGUUGUUUUUUGUUGUUGUUGUUGUUGUUUUCUUUAAUAUAUUUUUAUUAUUGCUGAUCGGGGCUUACCAAGAGCAAAGGCCUUUCUUUGCUUUUCAUAUUGCCACACUGGUGAGGGACCUGGGGAUGCGUGAGAGGCUGGGAGGAGACACGGCUGGGACGGGUGACACAAAAAAAUAUUCCAAACCAUAUGACAUCAUGGUAAGUUUAUAAAGUGAAUGGAAGAAGGAGGUUAGGGGAAAAUUUGGAAUAAUGAUGUUUGUCUUCCCAAGUCACUGUUAACUUGUGAUGAGGCCCUGCUGUCCUGGAGAUGGCUGAACACCUACCUGCCAUGGGAAGCAGUGGAUUAAUUCCUUGCUUCACUUUGCUUGUGUGCAUGGCUUUUGCUUUCUCUAUUAAAAUUUCUUUAUCUCAACUCACAAGUUUUCUCUAUUUUACCAUUCCAGUCCUCUCCCUGAUCCUGUGGGUUGGGGAGCAAGUGAGUUUCUGCACUGGCACUUGGUUUCUGGCUGGGUCUUAACCCUGACGGGGGAAAAAAAUCAAUUUUCUCCUAAAUGUUGGUCAGUCAGUUUCCCUCUUAAAAAAAAAAAUCUCCUCAUUCUACCUUGGAGCACUGAGGCUGGAGUUAUUUAUGCAAGUUUAUAUCUCUGAGUCCAGAAGGCACAAAUGCCUCUGAAAGCUGCACUGUCCAGAUAAGAGGCACUGAAAGUGAGCUUUUCUACAGCUGUAACCAAGCAGGAUGCCUGCAAUUCCUAUCAGCCCUGGAAUCCUAUUCACUUCACCAAAUUACUGUUUUUAAUGGAGAAUUAAUGUCUGGCUGACAUGAGUAUUUAUUGUAAAUGAAGCCAUGAUUGGCAAGUUUUCCCUUUGGGUGAUAUUUAUUAUUUAUACUCGAAAGAGGGAUUUUUUUAUUAUUAAUUUAAUUUUUUGAGGGAAUAAGUUAUCUGACUAGCACUAGAAGCAGAAAGAUGGCAGAGCUAGCAAUGUCAAGUAAACCUCUUGUCACUAUGAGUUAAUCAGCUUUCUACAGUGAUGCACAUUUUGAAGAACAACAUUUGCCAAACAUCAACCUAAUCCAUUACCAUAAUUGCAUUUCACAAAAGAGCUUUGCUCCUUUGAGAUAUUGCUCUCCUAUAAUGUUGAACCAGGAAAUUUUUUGUUAGGCAUUUGUGCACAUGUGCUCAUAAUUUUCUGAAAUGAGAGUAGCA